AUGGUAAUGAUGCAGUCAGUUAACACAACGGAUUCACAUCCAUCACGUUUAAGUCCAAAUUAUAAUUUGGGUUCACCAAAAUCGAAUACAUCACCGUCGGAAUCAAGUCAUAUGAAAUAUAAUAAAAUUGAUAUAUUUCAUAAUUCAACAUCAACAUCGAAAUUAUCAUCAGAUUCUGCAAUUAUUACAAAUAAAUCAUCAUUAUAUGGCAGUAAUAUAAAUAGCAAUAAUAAAAUUAAUAAUAAUAGUAAUAAUAAUAGUAACAAUAAUAAUACAAAUGGAAUAUCACCACAUCGUCAUAAAAUUUUAGAUGUUGGUGAUAUGAAUUCUUGUUCAUUACCAACACGUUUUAAUGGAAUAUUAAAUAAUUCAAACGAACAUGGUAAUAACAUUAAUAAUAAUAAUAAUAAUAAUUUUAUAACACCUGCAAUUAUUGGUGGACAUUCACAUUCACAUCAUUAUCAUCCACACCCUUUCGUAUUAAAACAGAAUCAUCCAUUAAAUGAAACAACACAAAAUUCACAACAACAACAACAAUUACAAAAUAAUCAUCAUAAUACAUCACAUUUACCGCCAUCAUCAACCUCAUUAAUAUCAUUACAUUUACAACAUAUUCAUCAACAAACUAAUAAGGAACAACAAUUAUCACAAUUAUCAAAUGAUAAUCAACAAAUUUCAUUACAUUCAUUACGUUCAUUAUCAGUUACAAAUGAAAAUGAAUUAAAUGAUAUUGAAAGAAUAAAAUUAGCAUCAAAUGCUGCUGCUGCUGCUGCUGCCGCUGCUGCAGCUAGAUCAAUUACUAAUUCUAGAGAUUUAAGUGAUUAUGGAUUUAGAAUACAAUUAGGUGGUUUACCAGCUGCAAAUUAUGCAAGAAGUGAUACUAGUGAAGAAUUAAUUGUUGAUGGUAAUGAUGAAGAAGAUGAUAGUCGAUCACAAGAAGCUCCGUCGGUGUGUCCAGUUGAUUUAACAAGAUCUGUUAUAACUAGUACCUCUACUAAUAAGGAAUCAAAAAAAUUAGCAUUUUCAGUUGAAAACAUCCUAGAUCCAAAUAAAUUUAAUGGGAAAAAAGAUUCAUUUAGUAAUUCACAACAGGCUUCACAACAAUGGAGUUGUAGUGACAGUAGCUAUGAUAGAGAUGAUAUUAGACAACAAAUUGAAGAUGAACAUAGUGACAUUAAUUCUGCUCACGAUGUGACAGAAAUGGAUCAAGAUGAUAUUUGUGAUGAUAGUGAUAUGGAUGAUCGAACAAGUGAAACUGAUUCUAAAAAAGGUGAAAGUCGUAAUUCACAUGGCAGUUCAACAGAUAGUAAAAAUCAAAAUGGUGGCAAUAAUACUAGUAAUUCAAAACCGAGACGAGCUAGAACGGCUUUCACUUAUGAGCAAUUAGUAUCAUUAGAAAAUAAAUUUAAAACAACUAGAUAUUUAUCAGUAUGUGAAAGAUUAAAUUUAGCGCUUAGUUUAAGUUUAACUGAAACGCAGGUAAAAAUUUGGUUCCAAAAUAGACGAACUAAAUGGAAAAAACAAAAUCCUGGAAUGGAUGUUAAUAGUCCAACUGUUCCACCACCAUCAAGUAGUUCAUUUGGUCCAGGUGCUUAUGCCACCAGUUUACUUUAUCCACAUGCUGUACCAUAUCCUCCAUACAGUCCAUAUUUUCAUCCUUUGGGAGCACAUCAUUUAAGUCAUUCACAUUCAUAGAUUAGGAAAU